GGAAACCGAGAUCUCUUGCAAACGACCUAACUCUAUAGGCAACUAGAUCCGCUGUAAACAAAGAUCUCUUGUUCGCCAACAGAGCGGCGGCGUAGCGUCAGGGGUGUUGGAGGCGCGGGGGCCCCCUUGUCCAUCGUGGGCCGAGCGCGAGCCCUACCUAUUUGAUCCAAUGUCUCGACAAAAACUUGGCAGCAAAGCUCACCAGGUCCGAAUCCAUAACAGCGACCCCUUAAGCCAUUCUAAAUGCGAAUGUAGAAGGUCUCAAUUCGCUCUAUUCGGGAUUGACCGCCCACACGCUGCAGGCACACGGUACAAAGAAACAAGCUACCUAUCAUAAUGUCUUGUUUUUUGGACAAAAAGGUCCUACGACCCCCGGUCAUUCUCGACAAUUGCCAUUGGUGUUUCAUUUGAUCCCCUCGAGAAAAAAAUGCUUUGAUGCUACCAAAAAUAUCUCCUAUCGAGGUGCAAGGGCCUCUACAACAAUACAUAUUAUGCCGUAGAUCCAGAUCUAGUCGAGAUCUUCGUUCAUCAUUCAAUUCCGUUCUGUAUCUUAGCUACAUAGUGUUGAUCAUUAUACGAAUUUGAUUCUUUUUUUAUUUAUCGUUUAUUUAUUUGUUUUAUAGUUUUCUUUUCGAUCGCUUUAUAUAUAUAUAACAUCCUGAAAAUGCGCAACAACAUCCUCCUCUCAGCCCUAGCCGUCGCGGCGGGGUCUCUCGCGGCCGAUUGUAACGGCCACGCUGAGCUCUGCGACCGGCAGUACAGCAAGGUGACCUUCGUCGGGGCGCACAACUCGCCCUUUACCGGAGUCGGCCCCGCAGACAACCAGUUGACCGACCCGACGGAGCAAUUGGACCAAGGCGUGCGAUUUCUCCAGGCGCAGACGCAAGAAAAGGACGGAUCGCCUCAGAUGUGCCAUACCUCAUGCUUACUAGAGGACGCCGGCUCGUUACAAGACUAUCUUGGCCCUAUUAAGACCUGGCUGGAUUCUCAUCCCAACGAAGUUGUGACGCUUCUCCUCACAAACCCCGACGCUAUCGAUAUCAACAAGUAUGGCGACGUAUUCAAGUCGACCGGGUUGGAAGAGUACGUCUUCACGCCAGAUAAGCAGCUCGGUCUUGACGACUGGCCUACCUUGGGAGAAAUGAUCUCAAGCGGAAAGAGAGUGGUGGUAUUUAUGGACUACAAUAUGGAUACCUCCAAGGUCCCUUAUAUCCUGGACGAAUUCGCAUAUUACUUCGAAACCCCGUUCGACCCGACGGAGGAUAUGCUCAACGGAUGCGGGAUCGAUCGACCAUCGGGCGCUUCGGCCGACGGCCGGAUGUUCCUAGCGAACCACAACCGCAACGUCGAACUAUUCCACGAUGUUUUAAUCCCGGACCUGAUCGAAGCGCACAAUACCAACUCGGUGGAAUCCAUCACCGCGCAGACGGACACUUGCAAGAGCAGCUACGGCCGCGUGCCCAACGUAGUCUUGCUUGACUUCGUUAGCGUUGGAGAGACGAUAAAAGCCCAGGACCUACUUAACGGCUUUUAACGGGAGAGAUUUGCUUGUGAUGGAAUCCUUGAUCAUACCGAUUAUGAUUAUGACGACUCUUUCUUUCUCUGAGCGUUAAAUCUUCUGCGUUCUUUUGGCUUUCGAGAGUGUAUAUUGAUACCCCAUUAGUUUGGCAACGCAUUCGAAUUUGGGAUUAGGACGGACGAUAUCUGACAUAGGCUAUUUUUCAUGUAUAUACUUGUGGCUGCAGUCUCUGGAGAGAUAAAAUGAGAUAUAUAUCAGUUUCGAA